GUUCAUGGCCAAGGAGGAGUCAAGUUCCAGAACUGGGCCAAGACCUAUGGCUCCUCUCCAGAGCUGUACUUCCAGCCCACCUCGGUGGAGGAGAUCCGGGAGAUCCUCGAUAUGGCCAGGCAGAGGGACAAGAGGGUGAAGGUGGUGGGGGGCGGCCACUCUCCUUCAGACAUUGCCUGCACCGAUGACUUCAUGAUCCAGAUGGGGAAGAUGAACAGGGUCCUCAAGGUGGACAAGGAGAAGCAGCAAGUGACGGUGGAAGGUGGGAUUUUCCUCUCGGAUCUGAACGUCGAGCUGAGCAAGCACGGGUUGGCCCUGGCCAACUUAGGAGCCGUUUCUGAGGUGGCAGCAGCUGGUGUGAUCGGGACGGGGACACACAACACUGGGAUCAAGCACGGCAUCCUCCCCACCCAGGUCGUAGCACUCACAUUGCUGACAGCCUCAGGGGAGAUCCUGGAGUGCUCCGAGUCCAUCAACGCAGACAUCUUCCAGGCUGCCCGCCUGCACCUCGGCUGCCUGGGCGUCGUGCUCACGGUGACCUUCCAGUGCGUGCCCCAGUUCCACCUGCACGAGGUGGCCUUCCCCUCCACCCUCACCGAGGUCCUCGAUCACCUUGAUGACCACCUGAAGAGAUCCCAAUACUUCCGAUUCCUGUGGUUCCCUCACAGCGAGAAUGUCAGUGUCAUCUACCAGGAUCCCACCAACAAGCCACCCUCUUCCUCUGCCAGCUGGCUGUGGGAUUAUGCUGUUGGCUACUAUUUGCUGGAGUUUCUGCUCUGGAUCAGCACCUUUGUGCCCAGCUUGGUGUGCUGGAUCAACCGCUUCUUCUUCUGGCUCCUCUUCAGCUCCCGGGUGGAGAACAUUGCCAUCAGCUACAAGAUCUUCAACUACGAGUGUCGCUUCAAGCAGCACGUUCAGGACUGGGCCAUCCCCAUUGAGAAGACAAAGGAAGCCUUGCUGGAGCUGAAAACCGCCUUGGAGAACAACCCCAAGAUGGUGGCUCACUACCCCGUGGAGGUACGCUUCGCUCGGGGUGACGAGAUCUGGCUGAGUCCUUGCUUCCAACGGGACAGCUGCUACAUGAACAUCAUCAUGUACAGGCCCUACGGGAAGAACGUCCCCCGCCUCAACUACUGGCUGACCUAUGAGGGCAUCAUGAAGAAGCACGGUGGCAGACCACACUGGGCAAAGGCCCACAGCUGCACCCGGAAGGACUUUGAGAAGAUGUACCCAGCCUUCCCCAAAUUCUGCUCCGUUCGGGAGAAGCUGGACCCCACAGGGAUGUUCCUGAACACCUACCUGGAAAAGGUGUUUUACUGAUGGGGGCGAUGUGAGGGGAUGGAGGAAGAAAACCAGCCAUCAGCCCUAGUUCUUGGGACACCCCAAAGCUCAUGGUGGUCCUCCAUGGUCCCAAGGUGCUGCACCCCCA